AUGCUUAUAACUUUUUCGAUUUAUUUUUUUAAUCUCUCUCACUCACUCUCUCUCUCUUUCUCUCUCUCUCUCUUUUCACAUGGUCGUCUGUUCUUUCUUUCUUUCCAUCAUUUACUCCUUUCUUCAUUUCUGCCAGGUUUUUUUUUUCUUUCCUUCUUUUUUCUUUCCUUUUUUUCUUUUUCUUUUCUUGUAUUUCUUUCAGGUUUUCUUUGUUGUUAUUUUUCUUUUCUUCACUUUCUUUCUUUAUUUUUUUGUCUUUUUCUCGCGUUAUCUUUUUUCUUUCUUUUUUUGUCAUUGUCUCUUUCGGUCUUUUUGCUGCUUACCUAUACCUUGUAUAUUUUUCUAUGCUUUGUAACCGUUUUCUUUCUUUCGUUCCAUCAUUUACUUCUUUCUUCAUUCCUGCAAUGUUUUUCUUUUUUCAUUUUUUUCUUCUCGUUCUGUAUUUCUCUCACAAUUUAUUGUCAUUUUCCUGUUUUUGUUUUCGUCACUUUUUGUUCUUUCUUUAUUCUUUCUUUCUUUCUCUCUUUCUCUUAUUAUCUUUCUUUGUUCUUUCUUUCUUUCUCUCUUUCUCUUAUUAUCUUUCUUUGUUCUUUCUUUCUUUCUUUCUCUCUUUCUCUUAUUAUCUUUCUUUAUUCUUUCUUUCUUUCUCUCUUUCUCUUAUUAUCUUUCUUUGUUCUUUCUUUCUUUCUCUCUUUCUCUUAUUAUCUUUCUUUGUUCUUUCUUUCUUUCUCUCUUUCUCUUAUUAUCUUUCUUUAUUCUUUCUUUCUUUCUCUCUUUCUCUUAUUAUCUUUCUUUGUUCUUUCUUUCUUUAUUUCUCUCUUUCUCUUAUUAUCUUUCUUUAUUCUUUCUUUCUUUCUUUCUCUCUUUCUCUUAUUAUCUUUCUUUGUUCUUUCUUUCAUUCUCUCUUUCUCUUAUUAUCUUUCUUUAUUCUUUCUUUCUUUCUCUCUUUCUCUUAUUAUCUUUCUUUAUUCUUUCUUUCUUUCUCUCUCUCUUAUUAUCAUUCUUUAUUCUUUCUUUCUUUCUCUCUUUCUCUUAUUAUCUUUCUUUGUUCUUUCUUUCUUUCUCUCUUUCUCUUAUUAUCUUUCUUUAUUCUUUCUUUCUUUCUCUCUCUUAUUAUCUUUCUUUAUUCUUUCUUUCUUUCUUUCUCUCUUUCUCUUAUUAUCUUUCUUUGUUCUUUCUUUCUCUCUUUAUCUUAUUAUCUUUCUUUGUUCUUUCUUUCUUUCUUUCUCUCUUUCUCUUAUUAUCUUUCUUUGUUCUUUCUUUCUCUCUUUCUCUUAUUAUCUUUCUUUGUUCUUUCUUUCUCUUUUUCUCUUAUUAUCUUUCUUUAUUCUUUCUUUCUUUCUUUCUCUCUUUCUCUUAUUAUCUUUCUUUGUUCUUUCUUUCUUUCUCUCUUUCUCUUAUUAUCUUUCUUUAUUCUUUCUUUCUCUCUUUUCUCUUAUUAUCUUUCUUUUAUUCUUUCUUUCUUUCUUUCUCUUUUCUCUUAUUAUCUUUCUUUUGUUCUUUCUUUCUUUCUCUUUUCUCUUAUUAUCUUUCUUUGUUCUUUCUUUCUUUCUCUCUUUCUCUUAUUAUCUUUCUUUGUUCUUUCUUUCUCUCUUUCUUAUUAUCUUUCUUUGUUCUUUCUUUCUUUCUUCUUUCUCUCUUUCUCUUAUUAUUUUCUUUGUUCUUUCUUUCUUUCUCUCUUUCUCUUAUUAUCUUUCUUUGUUCUUUCUUUCUUUCUCUUUCUCUUAUUAUCUUUCUUUGUUCUUUCUUUCUUUCUCUCUUUCUCUUAUUAUCUUUCUUUAUUCUUUCUUUCUUUCUCUCUUUCUCUUAUUAUCUUUCUUUAUUCUUUCUUUCUUUCUUUCUCUCUUUCUCUUAUUAUCUUUCUUUGUUCUUUCUUUCUUUCUCUCUUUCUCUUAUUAUCUUUCUUUAUUCUUUCUUUCUUUCUCUCUUUCUCUUAUUAUCUUUCUUUGUUCUUUCUUUCUCUCUUUCUCUUAUUAUCUUUCUUUGUUCUUUUUUCUUUCUCUCUUUCUCUUAUUAUCUUUCUUUGUUCUUUCUUUCUUUCUCUCUUUCUCUUAUUAUCUUUCUUUAUUCUUUCUUUCUUUCUCUCUUUCUCUUAUUAUCUUUCUUUGUUCUUUCUUUCUUUCUCUCUCUUUCUCUUAUUAUCUUUCUUUUAUUCUUUCUUUCUUUCUCUCUUUCUCUUAUUAUCUUUCUUUGUUCUUUCUUUCUUUCUCUCUUUCUCUUAUUAUCUUUCUUUAUUCUUUCUUUCUUUCUUUCUCUCUUUCUCUUAUUAUCUUUCUUUGUUCUUUCUUUCUUUCUCUCUUUCUCUUAUUAUCUUUCUUUGUUCUUUCUUUCUUUCUCUCUUUCUCUUAUUCUCUUUCUUUGUUCUUUCUUUCUUUCUCUCUUUCUCUUAUUAUCUUUCUUUGUUCUUUCUUUCUCUCUUUCUCUUAUUAUCUUUCUUUGUUCUUUCUUUCUCUCUUUCUCUUAUUAUCUUUCUUUAUUCUUUCUUUCUUUCUCUCUUUCUCUUAUUAUCUUUCUUUAUUCUUUCUUUCUUUCUUUCUCUCUUUCUCUUAUUAUCUUUCUUUGUUCUUUCUUUCUCUCUUUCUCUUAUUAUCUUUCUUUGUUCUUUCUUUUCUUUCUUUCUCUUUUUCUUAUUAUCUUUCUUUGUUCUUUCUUUCUUUCUCUCUUUCUCUUAUUAUCUUUCUUUAUUCUUUCUUUCUUUCUCUCUUUCUCUUAUUAUCUUUCUUUAUUCUUUCUUUCUUUCUUUCUCUCUUUCUCUUAUUAUCUUUCUUUGUUCUUUCUUUCUCUCUUUCUCUUAUUAUCUUUCUUUGUUCUUUCUUUCUUUCUCUCUUUCUCUUAUUAUCUUUCUUUGUUCUUUCUUUCUUUCUCUCUUUCUCUUAUUAUCUUUCUUUAUUCUUUCUUUCUUUCUUUCUCUCUUUCUCUUAUCUUUCUUUUCUUUCUUUUUCUUUCUCUCUUUCUCUUAUUCUCUUUCUUUUGUUCUUUCUUUCUUUCUCUCUUUCUCUUAUUAUCUUUCUUUGUUCUUUUCUUUCUUUCUCUCUUUCUUUUUCUUAUCUUUCUUUAUUCUUUCUUUCUUUUCUCUUUCUCUUAUUAUCUUUCUUUUCUUUCUUUCUUUCUCUCUUUCUCUUAUUAUCUUUAUCUUUGUUCUUUCUUUCUUUCUCUCUUUCUCUUAUUAUCUUUCUUUGUUCUUUCUUUCUUUCUCUCUUUCUCUUAUUAUCUUUCUUUAUUCUUUCUUUCUUUCUUUCUCUCUUUCUCUUAUUAUCUUUCUUUGUUAUUUCUUUCUUUCUUUCUUUCUCUCUUUCUCUUAUUAUCUUUCUUUGUUCUUUCUUUCUUUCUCUCUUUCUCUUAUUAUCUUUCUUUAUUCUUUCUUUCUUUCUCUUUUUCUUAUUAUCUUUCUUUAUUCUUUCUUUCUUUUCUUUCUCUUUUCUCUUAUUAUCUUUCUUUGUUCUUUCUUUCUUUUCUUUCUUUCUUUUCUCUCUUCUCUUAUUAUCUUUCUUUGUUCUUUCUUUCUUUCUCUCUUUUUCUUAUUAUCUUUCUUUGUUCUUUCUUUCUUUCUCUCUUUCUCUUAUUAUCUUUCUUUAUUCUUUCUUUCUCUCUUUCUCUUAUUAUCUUUCUUUAUUCUUUCUUUCUUUCUUUCUCUCUUUCUCUUAUUAUCUUUCUUUAUUCUUUCUUUCUUUCUUUCUCUCUUUCUCUUAUUAUCUUUCUUUGUUCUUUCUUUCUCUCUUUCUCUUAUUAUCUUUCUUUGUUCUUUCUUUCUUUCUCUCUUUCUCUUAUUCUCUUUCUUUGUUCUUUCUUUCUUUCUCUUAUUAUCUUUCUUUGUUCUUUCUUUCUUUCUCUCUUUCUCUUAUUAUCUUUCUUUAUUCUUUCUUUCUUUCUCUCUUUCUCUUAUUAUCUUUCUUUGUUAUUUCUUUCUUUCUUUCUUUCUCUCUUUCUCUUAUUAUCUUUCUUUGUUCUUUCUUUCUUUCUCUCUUUCUCUUAUUAUCUUUCUUUGUUCUUUCUUUCUUUCUCUCUUUCUCUUAUUAUCUUUCUUUAUUCUUUCUUUCUUUCUUUCUCUCUUUCUCUUAUUAUCUUUCUUUGUUCUUUCUUUCUUUCUCUCUUUCUCUUAUUAUCUUUCUUUGUUCUUUCUUUCUCUCUUUCUCUUAUUAUCUUUCUUUAUUCUUUCUUUCUUUCUCUCUUUCUCUUAUUAUCUUUCUUUAUUCUUUCUUUCUUUCUUUCUCUCUUUCUCUUAUUAUCUUUCUUUGUUCUUUCUUUCUUUCUCUCUUUCUCUUAUUAUCUUUCUUUGUUCUUUCUUUCUUUCUUUCUCUCUUUCUCUUAUUAUCUUUCUUUGUUCUUUCUUUCUCUCUUUCUCUUAUUAUCUUUCUUUGUUCUUUCUUUCUUUCUUUCUCUCUUUCUCUUAUUAUCUUUCUUUGUUCUUUCUUUCUUUCUCUCUUUCUCUUAUUAUCUUUCUUUGUUCUUUCUUUCUUUCUCUCUUUCUCUUAUUAUCUUUCUUUGUUCUUUCUUUCGUUCUCUCUUUCUCUUAUUAUCUUUCUUUGUUCUUUCUUUCUUUCUUUCUCUCUUUCUCUUAUUAUCUUUCUUUGUUCUUUCUUUCUUUCUCUCUUUCUCUUAUUAUCUUUCUUUAUUCUUUCUUUUAAGUUAUAUUUGUCAUUACGUCUUUCUGUCUUUUUGCUGCUUUCAUGUAAUUUUCCUCUGCUUUUUGACCAUAUUCUUUCUUUUGUUCCAUCAUUUACUCCUUUCUGUCUUUUAUUCUCUCAAUUUAUUUCCACUUUUACUCUUUCUGCAUUUUCCUUACACUUUCUUUCUUUUUGUUUUUUCAUUAUUUUUUUUUUACGCCAUUUUUUUCUUUCUUUUAUUCUUUCACUUUAUUUCCACUUUUUUCUUUUUUUCUUUCUUUAUUUCUCUCAAUCUUUCUUUUUUGUCAUUUUCUUUCUUUUUUUUUCUUUUCGUAACUUUCUUUCUUUCCCUUUAUAUCCACUUUUUCUUUUCUCUUUCUAUAUUUCUCUCACACUUUCUUUCUUUCUUGUCAUUUUCUUUCAUUUUUCUUUUUAUCAUUUUCUUUCUUUCUUUCUUUCUUUCUUUCUUUCUUUCUUCCUGUAUUUCUUUCUUUCCCUGAUUCGAUUGUUCAUUUACUUUUCUUCCUUUUCAAAGAAUUUCUAUAUUUGUGUCCGUACCCGUGCUUUCUUGUUUACUUGUAUGGGUGAAGAGGAGAUUGUGCGUUUCUUCAUGAGGGUCCAAAAAACGCCUCUUACUUGUUCCUUUUCUCAUGGUCUUUCAUUCUUUCAUUUGUUAUGCUUUGAUACAAACCUAUACUUAGUCUUUUUUACUUACCUGAAUAGCACGGAAUUUGACAAGUGCGAAAUUACCGUCAAAACCUCAAAGAAGUUGAUUGGCAAAGAUGUGAUUUUUAUUGAAUUCCUUUAA